GCUCAUCCGUCAUCCGAACAUCAUCGCUCACUCAAAACUAUGCUCGCAGUUAUGUUUUUUUGUACUCUGAAAUAUCUUAACCAACCCCAACACUUUCACCCAUACUCAUUUUAUUACUAUGAUCUACAACUUCAUCAAAAACGUCGUUAACUCGUUAUUGGGUUACUCAAAAGAACUGCUCGAUAGACAAAUGGAUCAAAUCGAGUCUUGUACUCAUGGCGAUCCACACAGUCGUCAGCUCAAGGCGCCGGUCCCUCCAACUCCCCCUCUUACUCCACCAUCACAUCGCUUGUCUAAUACUGAUGCCCCUCUUUCCUCGAUGAUGGACCAAGAGCCUCCCAUUUCUUGUGGAACGAUGCCCGCUCGUAUUGGAAGGGCUACUCUAGAAGAUAUCCCAGAGGAGUUGCGUUGCCAUAUCCUCAGUUUCCUUUCAUCUACUGCGAUUUUACGUUGCGCGUUGACUUGCCGAUCAAUGUACAAUACAGUCAAAUUGUCGGUCAAACUUCAAUACAUCAUCGAACUAGAUGUCCAAAGGUUAAUUCAAGUUCAUCCGCGACCACAUACUGUCUCCACAGCGGAGUGCUUGCGUACCCUCCGAGACAAGGCGAACGCGUGGAAUUCUUUCGAGCUUGAUGUCACGAAAGCGACAUCGCUUCGUUUCCCGCACAUAUGCAACUCCAACUCCAUCACGCAUCACCAACUCAAUCUUUCUAACUGGUCUAUCGAUGCGGAUGCCGAGUCUCACGCUGUGGAUAUUAACACAUACACGGCAUGUGCUGGCAGUCGAUGGCUCAAUCUCAAUGGUCCGAAUUCCGGUUUCCGCGCAUUGUUUUAUAUGGAACAAUCGCAGGACCUCAUGGUCAUGAUCCAAUUUCCGAUCGACGGCAGAACAUACGACUUCAAGUACAAAAUACUGUUCUGCACGAUAUCUACUGGAGAGGAACAUCCUUUGGCCCAUGGAUCCCGUGUAGUCGCUGGCAGGCCCGCUUGCGGUGAAGCGCAGAAACUUGAUGUUGCUGUCUCUGUCCUCGGGAAUCGCAUUGUGGUCUGCCUUGCUGAGCAUGGCGACUCAUACUGGUCGCUGCACGUCUCGAAUUGGCACCAAGGUGGUACAUCUGAUGACGUAUAUGUGACCAGCGAAGGCUACGGGUUGUGCGACAUUCGUUUUCUCACCAAGGAAAAACUGUUGGCUCUCUCAACAGAUGGCCAUAUACACCUAUACGACAUCGAAGACUUGUCAAAGACGCCGCGGCUUCAGGCAAGAUUUAUCCUGCCCGUUCAUAAGGACUCUGGUACCUUCGUACUUCCCGAGGUGUACCAUAGUGCCCAAGGCUGUGCACGCCUCAAGUCACCAGAUGAUACUUGGAUUUGGACGACAAACCCAGCAGAUCGAGUCAUAUCCGUGGUGUGGUCCUGUCCCUCGUCUAUUUUUGUUAUAUCCGCUCGCGUAUUUUUCAUGGAUAUCCCUCUGGCAUGGUUCGAUGUGACCUCAAAAGAUGGGCUAUCCGUUCCAUGGUCAUCAUGGGGUCCACAGAAUUCUCGCUGCUUCGACGGGGAAGAUGUGCUCUCCUUUGGAGUCGGAGGAUCUCGUGUUAUUCGGGCCGUUCCCUUUCUAGAUCGAAAUUAUUCAACGUUCCGACUGCAUAUGACCGAUUUCAAUCCCUCCGCCGUGGCGCGUGGCAUCGGCAAGGUCGUUCGGGAACCUACGACAACGGCUCUCGACUCAGAUGUGCCGAUAACAACAUACCUCCCCUUCGUGGAAGCGAUCCAUGACCAGUGUCUCGAUGCCUCCCUUUGGAGCAUUGUACUAGACGAGGAGAGGAUGGUAAUUCUUACCAAAGUGACAGCUGAGUCUGUGAGUAAAAUUUCCCUUCUUUCGAGCCAAUGA